AUGGACGCGGGGGGCACGGCGCAGCGGAGGCGACGCGAGAUGGCGGCGACGAUCUCAGGAGCUGGUCGCUGUCGGCUAAGCAAGGUGGGGGCUGGCCGGCGCCCGCCUCCAGCUCGAGUAAGGGUGGCUGUGCGGCUGCGGCCAUUUGUGGAUGGGACAGAUGGAGCAGGUGAUCCCCCUUGUGUGCGGGGCCUGGACAGCUGUUCCCUAGAGAUUGCCAACUGGAGGAAUCACCAGGAGACUCUCAAAUACCAGUUUGAUGCCUUCUAUGGGGAGAAGAGCUCUCAGCAGGACAUCUAUGCAGGAUCAGUGCAGCCCAUCCUAAGGCACUUGCUGGAAGGACAGAAUGCCAGUGUGCUUGCUUAUGGGCCCACGGGGGCAGGGAAGACGCACACAAUGCUGGGCAGCCCAGAGCAACCUGGAGUGAUUCCCCGGGCUCUCAUGGACCUCCUACAGCUCACAAGGGAGGAGGGCGGCGAGGGCCGGCCAUGGGCUCUCUCUGUCACUAUGUCCUACUUAGAGAUCUACCAGGAAAAGGUAUUAGACCUCUUGGACCCUGCAUCAGGAGACCUGGUGAUCCGAGAAGACUGUCGGGGAAACAUCCUGAUUCCGGGCCUCACGCAGAAGCCCAUCACUAGCUUUGCUGAUUUUGAGCGGCACUUCCUGCCAGCUAGUAGAAAUCGGACUGUAGGAGCCACCCGGCUCAACCAGCGCUCCUCCCGCAGUCAUGCUGUGCUCCUGGUUAAGGUGGAUCAGCGGGAACGUCUGGCCCCAUUUCGCCAGCGGGAGGGUAAACUCUACCUGAUUGACUUGGCUGGCUCCGAGGACAACCGGCGCACGGGUAACAAGGGUCUGCGGCUGAAGGAAAGCGGAGCCAUCAACUCCUCCCUCUUUGUACUGGGCAAGGUGGUGGAUGCGCUGAACCAGGGCCUCCCUCGUGUGCCUUACCGGGACAGCAAGCUCACUCGCCUGUUGCAGGAUUCUCUGGGUGGCUCAGCCCACAGCAUCCUCAUUGCCAACAUUGCUCCUGAGAGACGCUUCUACCUAGAUACAGUCUCUGCACUCAACUUUGCUGCCAGGUCCAAGGAGGUGAUCAACCGACCUUUUACCAAUGAGAGUCUGCAGCUUCGUGUCUUGGCACCCGUUAAACUGUCCCAGAAAGAACUGCUUGGCCUGUCAGAGGCAAAGAGAGCCCGCGGCCCUGAAGAAGAGGAGAUUGGGAGUCCUGAGCCCCCAGCAGCUCCAGCCUCCGCCUCCCAGGAACUCAGUCCCCUACAGAAGCUAAGUAGCAUGGACCCCGCUGUGCUGGAGCGCCUCCUAAGCUUGGACCGUCUGCUGGGCUCCCAGGCGAGCCAGGGGACCCAUGGGCUAAACACCCCAAGGCGAGAGCGGAUGGUGCUCAUGAAAACAAUGGAGGAAAAGGAUUUGGAGAUUGAGAGGCUUAAGAUGAAGCAAAAAGAACUGGAAGCCAAGGUUCUGGCCCAGGAGGCUGUGGACCCAAAGGAUAAAGAGAACUCGUCUCCCACAAUGCUCCGACCGCUUGCCCGCCGCACAGUCACCGUAGCGAAGCCCCUCAAAAAGGCUGUGGUGAUGCCCCUACAACUGAUUCAGGAGCAGGCGGCGUCCCCAAGUGCUGAGAUCCAUAUCCUGAAGAAGAAAGGCCGGAAGAGAAAGCUGGAGUCCCUGGAUGCCUCAGAGCCAGAGGAGAAGGCUGAGGACUGCUGGGAGCUACAGAUCAGCCCGGAGCUACUGGCCCAUGGGCGCCAAAAAAUACUAGAUCUGCUGAACGAAGGCUCUGCCCGGGAUCUGCGCAGCCUGCAGCGCAUUGGCCAAAAGAAGGCCCAGCUCAUCGUGGGCUGGAGGGAGCUCCACGGCCCCUUUAGCCAGCCCGUGCUGGGCCUGGACUCCCGGGGGGUGGGCGGCCUCAUGAACUCCUUCCCGCCACCUCAGGGUCACGCCCAGAACCCCCUGCAGGUCGGGGCUGAGCUCCAGUCCCGCUUCUUUGCCUCCCAGGGCUGCGCCCAGAGUCCAUUCCAGGCCGCGCCGGCGCCCCCACCCACGCCCCAGCCCCCGGCGGCCGAGCCCCUCCAGGUGGACUUGCUCCCGGUUCUCGCCGCCGCGCAGGAGUCUGCCGCCGCCGCGGCCGCCGCCGCAGCUGCCGCUGCCGCCGCCGCCGUCGCUGCUGCGCCCCCGGCCCCGGCCGCCGCCUCCACAGUGGACACAGCGGCUCUGAAGCAGCCGCCGCCGCCCCCGCCGCCGCCCCCGCCGGUGUCGGCGCCCGCGGCCGAGGCCGCGCCCCCUGUCUCUGCCGCCACCAUCGCCGCAGCCGCGGCCACCGCCGUCGUAGCCCCAACCUCGACGGUCGCCGUGGCCCCGGUCGCCUCUGCCUUGGAGAAGAAGACAAAGAGCAAGGGGCCCUACAUCUGCGCCCUGUGCGCCAAGGAGUUCAAGAACGGCUACAACCUCCGGAGGCACGAGGCCAUCCACACCGGAGCCAAGGCCGGCCGGGUCCCCUCGGGUGCUAUGAAGAUGCCCACCAUGGUGCCCCUGAGCCUCCUGAGCGUGCCCCAGCUGAGCGGAGCCGGCGGGGGAGGGGGAGAGGCGGGUGCGGGCGGCGGAGCGGCCGCCGUGGCCGCGGGCGGCGUGGUGACCACGACCGCCUCGGGAAAGCGCAUCCGGAAGAACCACGCCUGUGAGAUGUGCGGCAAGGCCUUCCGCGACGUCUACCACCUGAACCGACACAAGCUGUCGCACUCGGACGAGAAGCCCUACCAGUGCCCGGUGUGCCAGCAGCGCUUCAAGCGCAAGGACCGCAUGAGCUACCACGUGCGCUCACAUGACGGCGCUGUGCACAAGCCCUACAACUGCUCCCACUGUGGCAAGAGCUUCUCCCGGCCGGAUCACCUCAACAGUCACGUCAGACAAGUGCACUCAACAGAACGGCCCUUCAAAUGUGAGAAAUGUGAGGCAGCUUUUGCUACGAAGGACCGACUGCGGGCGCACACAGUCCGACACGAGGAGAAGGUGCCAUGUCACGUGUGUGGCAAGAUGCUGAGCUCGGCUUAUAUUUCUGACCACAUGAAGGUGCACAGCCAGGGCCCUCACCACGUCUGUGAGCUCUGCAACAAAGGCUUCACCACAGCAGCAUACCUGCGCAUCCACGCGGUGAAGGACCACGGGCUCCAGGCCCCGCGGGCUGACCGCAUCCUGUGCAAGCUGUGCAGCGUGCACUGCAAGACCCCUGCCCAGCUGGCCGGCCACAUGCAGACCCAUCUGGGGGGGGCCGCCCCCCCUGUCCCGGGAGACGCCCCCCAGCCACAGCCCACCUGCUGAGGGGGACCCCCGCACCCACCAGGUACCGGUGAGGUCUGUCCUAUGGCGGUGGCAGCUGCAGCGGCGGCGGCGGCGGCGGCAGCGGUGGUGACAGCCCCCCCC